CUCCCACAACGAACCUGUGCUAACAUGGCCCCCAAGCGCGCCGCCCCAAUCGCAGCUUCGGAAGCUGCGUUCGCCCUCGAGUUGCGCGACCCCUUCGAGACGCUCUCGCUGCUGCGCGGCGCGCUGCCUCUUCCGCCCCGAAACGCAUCGUCCGGCAGCGCCAAUGGCGCAGGCCCCAUGCCCGCAGCCCCUCAGCCCGCUCAACCAAUCGCCCGCCGCACCACCGAGGAGGGCUACCUCCUACCCGCCUCGCCUUCGCCGCCGAAGAAAACUCCGCGAACCCGCGCCCCCGUCCAGUUCUCGCUCGAUCCGGGCCCGCCGAGCGCCGUAGGCACGCCGGCGUACUACAAAUCGUGGGCGUAUCGGAAGAGGCAGCGGGAGAAGAAGCAGCAACAAGCUCAGGAGGGUCAAGAGGAAGAGGAAAAGCCAUCCCUCGUCCUAACCUUCGGCAAGGGCAAAGUGCGACGCGCAAGCGAGGUCGACGAGCGGGCGGAGAAGAAGAAGUCGCUGGUUCUGGUCUUUGGGAAGGGGAGGGGGAAUGUGAGACCGGCCAGCCGGAAGCGCAAGGUUGAUGAGAGGACGAGGAAGUUUAAUCGGCGUGUGCAGUUCUUGAGGGGGGAGUGA